AUGCUGCAACUACCGGAUGAUCUGCUCGAGAUCUGCCUCGCAAGACUGACUCCUCGAGAUAUCAUUGCUUGCGCAUCCACCUGCAAAAGGAUCAAUAGUAUCGUCACCACCUCGAUCGUCAUCCAGCUCAAACUUCAUCGGUGUCUGUACCACGGUGCUCUUCCGCAUGACCUUCCUGUCAAGUCCAAUACGACACAAUCCGCACAUGAUCAACUGGUCAGCCUUCUCAGAGAACAGCAGGCCUUCCAAGAUUUCCGACCCGUUCGAUCAGAAUACGAAUUAGGGGAAGGUCGGACGAUCCUGUGCAUUCACGAUGAUUACAUGGCCGUCGGGUUAAACGAUCGAGCUAUAGAUGUGGAAGGUCAACAGCCUGAUUCAGAUGGCAAGUAUUUCUUGUUUGAGCUCAGACCACUGCAAACUUCCCCGGAGUCAACCCAAGAGGCCAGAAAAAUAGUCUUCAGGGUUUCCUUCCGUCCCGAAUAUCGAACAUUGCUAGUCGAUCUUGGCAGAAAUCUCAUCAUCGUCAACGACAACUCACCCGAUAAUGAUCCAUCCUCGAUAUUGGUGUAG